CUGGAUCAGACGCGCGCGCGUUUCUGUCAUGCCGCCCCCGCUUGAGGAUGGCUGCGCUCUCGCCAGCGUCUCUGCCCUCGCGGUGACGUUUUCCUCGCGCGGAUCAAAAUGUGUUUUGACACAUGGGGCGGGACAAAUCCCCAUUCUAUAAGCCUUCUCCUGAUUGGUCCGCGUACACAGGAAGUUGUGUCAGGAAGACCUUGACUGACAAGACGGCUGGAGCCGGGACAGUUGCGGUGGUUUUGGCAUUUUGGCAACGAUACUUUGCUUGAGGUAAGUGGAAUUCACAGCAGUUCUUCCCGAAAAGUACGGAUACUCCUCAGUAAACUAUGCCGUUUUCGAAUUAACAAUUCUACAAGGACAAAAAUCAAUUCGAUAACUUAGAAUUGCUUAGGAAUAUGUAGUUAGCACGAGUAAAAUAUGUCAAUAGCUAUAUGCUAGCGAUAGCUACUGCGGGGGUCAAAAUGGCCGAAGCUAACUGAUGUUCAUUUCAAAUCGUCAUUUCACUUAACUGUAAUACAUUUCAGGAUAACGUCCAGUGAUGAUACAAUUAAAGUGUGCUUCACUUGUUGAAUUUAAACAUGGUGGUGUUUUUCACGGCUUAAUUUGAUUUGUUAUAUCUCCGUGUGUGUGCGUAUUUAGUUUCCCCACUUGUUCGCCGAGUCCCAGUCACAUGGCAGAUAAAAAAGAGGAGGAAUUGCGCAAAGCAGCCAUGAAUUUGGUUGCCAUGUUGAGAUCGUCGAUCAAUGAUCCAGCAGCAAACACUCAGGGUGAGGCCUCUGUGAACCUCACAAGUGCUAGGGACAUACAGGAACGGCAAACACCACCCAGGCAAAAUUCAGCCUGUGUACCUGGCCAGGUGUCUUCUGGGAUUUCUUUGCAGCGCAAUAUGGCCAGGAGUUUCCCUGGGUUAUUUAAGGAGAAGCAGAGUUCCAGGGCUCUUACCUCUAAGAAAAGGCUUGGCUCAAAAAAACACCCUGUGCCUUUUUUUCUGCUUAAUUCGUCCUGCGAGAAAACUCCCAAAACAUCAGAGGAAAUGACCCUCCUGCAGGCUGGGCUGGGACGAAGGACAGUCUGCAUUGCCGAGGAUGCUGGUCAUAAGGAGAUUACAAAUGCUCUUUGCGAGGCUUAUCCAAAGAUGGUUGAAUUGGAGGGGGCCUGGAUGCUGUACAAAGCCAUUGGAGGAUCUGGUCAACGAAAGCUAAAUUUAUUGUCACCUGAGGAGGAGGGAUAUACAGGAGCCAGUCUUGUGCGGGCUUGGGCAGGCAAGACUUGUCUCUAUAUCAUGCCCAUCCAGCAUAUCCUGGAUACGUCCCCCUUGCCUUUCACAGCACCAGAGUUUCAGGCCAUGCCGAAAGCUCGCUGUCUGACGUGCAAGGAUUAUGUGCCACUGCAGCUCCUCAGCCUACAUGUAAAGACGUGCCUUUCGGAUUUUAAUGAUGAGACUAAACCUGAUGAAGAUGAUGAUAAUGAUGAUGUCAUCAGUGUACAUAGUGACAAUGCUGUGGCAUUUCCUGAUGUUCAGGCAUCCAUAGAGAAUGAGGUUUCUUGCCCAAUGUGCUGUGAACUGUUUACACAAGAUGACAUCUGUGCACAUGCAAGUGUUUGUGGAGAAAGCUUGCCAAAUGAGGAAUAUAUUGGUAUGAAGCACACCAGUAACCACUUCAGCAGCUUAUCAGCCAUUCUGGAGGCUUUACGAGUCAAAGUUGACACAACCCAAACCUUUAUCAUCAAUGUGACACGUAAGGAUCUGUUCCAAAGGGGACUGAAACAAUGGGCUAGGCAGAAGCAUGCCUCUCCAAAAAAUGAAAUCUCUGUCUCCUUCAUUGGAGAACAUGGAAUCGACCAAGGAGCGCUUCGUAAAGAGUUCUUCACAGAAAUGAUUCGUGGAAUAGAGAUGUCUUUAUUUGAUGGAGAUGGGGAAAGGGGAAAAACCCCAAAAUACAGCCUGUGUGAUUACCAAGAGAACCACUUCAAGACUUGCGGGGAGAUCUUUGCAGCAAGUAUCGUGCAGGGGGGGCCUGCACCAAACUUUAUCUCCAGGUGGUGCUAUCAAUACCUCUGCCAUGGAGAAUUCAACAAAGACGCUAUCCCAGAUGAAGUGACAGAUUCAGAUCUGAAAAAUCUGAUUGGAGAGGUGGAAAGAGCGGAAGAAGAAGAACUUUUUGCCUUAUCAGAUCAAGUUAUGGCAUGUGGAUACACCGGGCCAAUAACUGUCGAUCACAAACACACAAUCACAAAAGCCAUUGCUUUGCAUGCACUGUUGAGACUUACACCUAUAUUGAGCCAGCUCCGUGAGGGACUACAGCUAUAUGGGCUGAAUGAGGUGUUAAAACACCAUGAGGACCUAUGCGAGCAACUGUUUGUCCCGGGCCACCUGAAGAAAGUGGGUGCUGACUUCCUUGUCUUGGCUCUUUCACCCAACUUCAGUGAAGAAGGGUCCAUAAGACAGCAAAGAGAGAUGCAGGUCAUCAACUUCCUGCAAGAUUUCUUGCAAAAUCUGGAGGAUAAAGAAGACUGCCAAGAAGAGGGGAAUCUUGGACAUGGGAGCCAAGAUGGAACAACCACAAGGGAACCUCAGUCUGUUGGAGCAUUCCUGCAGUGGGCCACAGGACAGGCCCACAUACCACUGAUUGAGUCUGAAAAGGAGGGGUUCAAAAUUAUUGUUAACUUUGAGCAUGACUGUGAGUCCCGUUACGGACCACACAGGCAUCUCGUCACUUCCCGCCUCGACUACUGCAACUCUCUUCUCUUUGGUGUCCCCCACAAGCUCUACGUAAACUUCAACUGGUCCAGAACUCAGCAGCCCGCAUCAUCACCAGGACCCCCUCCUUCCACCAGGACCCCCUCCUUCCACCACAUCACUCCUGUUCUUCUGCAGCUUCACUGGCUUCCCGUUAAGUUCAGAUCCACCUUUAAAAUCCUUCUGCAUACCUAUAAGGCCAUCCACAACCUCUCUCCCCCCUACCUGUCUGACCUCAUCCACAUCGCCACUCCCUCCCACUUCCUCAGGUCCACCUCCUCCAUCCACCUCACUGUUCCCUCUGCCCACCUCAAAACCAUGGGGGGCAGAGCUUUCAGUCGCUCUGCUCCCCGACUCUGGAACUCUCUUCCCCCAGAAAUCAGGAACACCGACAGCUUCAUCCUGUUCAAGUCCAGGGGUCCGUUUCAAGAAGCGGGUUUUGUGGAAACUCUGAGUAUGUUAACCCUGAGUUUGGGGAAACUCUGA